UUGGGCGGUAUUAUCACUUUCCAUACAGUACUUAAACUGUAGGUACCGUGAUGAGGAGAGACGAGGUUCUGAGAGGUUUUGUUACUGAGAGACUCGCCGCCGCCUCCCAGGAAAUCUUAGCGGCCGUGGACGGACUCGUAGCCGGGUACGAGGAGGAGGCGUCGGGCUUCAGAGAGGAGAUCGACCGGCAGAGGAGACAGCUGGAGCUUCUCCUGCAGCCUCGGGUCAUACUCAACAAAGCCGGUUUGAAGCGCAACAGGAGACUCCGCCACGAUGAAGAGGAAGAGGAAGAUGAGGAUGACGAGAAUCUGGAUAUGAAUAACAGAACUCCAUCAAGGUCCUUUUCCUCCAGAGGUCAGUUUAAGCAGAGGAAGCAUGGCAGACCCAAGAUCAGUGAAACUCAGGACCACAUGGACCUCAGCAUCCGCAUCCAUGAGGAGCCACAGACCGAAGUACUUUCAAAAAAUGAUGUUCAGCAUCUGUUCGUGAUUAAAGAAGAGGUUCCCCCUGAGUUGAGCCCUCGUGUGGAUCAGGAGGAUCCAGAGGGUCCGCACAUUAAAGAGGAACAGGAAGAACUCUGGACCAGUCAGGAGGGAGAGCAGCUUCAAGGGCUGGAAGAGGCUGAUGGUAACAAGGUCCCACUCACUCCUGUCCAUGUGAAGAAUGAAGAUGAUGAGGAGAAACCUCAGUCUUCACAGCAUCAUCCAAGCCGAACUGAACAGAGCAGAGAGGCAGAGCCUCCGUCCAGCAGCUCAGCUGAACAGAUGGAAACAGAGACUGAUGGAGAGGACUGUGGAGGAUCUGAACCAGACAGGAACUUAGAUCCACAUGGUCAUCUUCAACCACAUACAGAUGAAGAGGCCACAGAGUCCUCUGAGACUGAAGACAGUGAUAAUGACUGGAAGGAAACCAGAACACCUGAGUCAGGUUUGAAAAGCAAAGGAGUCCAUGGAUGUAAUACUGGUGAGAAGUCUUUCAGCUGCUCUGAGUGUGAGAAAAAAUACAGCAGAAAGUGCGUUCUGCAGAGACACAUGAAAGUCCAUACAGGAGAGAAACCAUUCGGUUGUCAUGUGUGUGGGAAAAGAUUUAAGUCGCAGGGGGAACUUAAGGCGCACAUGAGAGUCCAUACAGUAGAGAAACCGUUUGGUUGUGAUGUGUGUGGGAAAAGAUUUAACGUAAAAGGGAACCUCGUAUCGCACAUGAGAGUCCAUGAGAGACCGUUCGGUUGUAAUGUUUGUUGGAAAGUAUUUAAGCGGCAGGAGGAUCUUGAUGUGCACAUGAAAGUUCAUACAGGGGAGAAACCAUUCAGUUGCAGUUUUUGUGGCGAACGAUUUGUUUAUAGUUCAAACUGCAAAAGACAUAUGAAGAUAUGUAAACACAAGCAUGUUACUGAAGGCUGCAGCAAAACCGUGAUGAGGAGAGACGCAGCGGACACGGCAGAGAGUUGCAGUAAAAUGUCUAAGUCCGAGGUUCUGAGAGGUUUUGUUACCGAGAGACUCGCCGCCGCCUCCCAGGAAAUCUUAGCGGCCGUGGACGGACUCGUAGCCGGAUACGAGGAGGAGGCGUCGGGCUUCAGAGAGGAGAUCGACCGGCAGAGGAAACAGCUGGAGCUUCUCCUGCAGCCUCAGGUCACACUCAUCAAAGCCGGUGUGAAGCGCAGCAGGAGACUCCGCCAUGAUGAAGAGGAGGAUGAAGAUGAGAACAACAAGUCCACGAAGAACCUGGAAGAUUGGAAUAAAUCAACUCCAUCAAGGUCUUUUUCCUCCAGAGGUCAGUUUGAGCAGAGGAAGCAUGGCGGACCUCAGAUCAGUGAAACUCAGAACCACACAGACCUCAGGAUCCGCAUCCUGGAGGACCCACAGACUGAAGUACUUUCAAAAAACGUUCUUAAGAAAUGUCCGAUGCUGAAGCUGAAGUGUCCUCAAGGUCUGCAGGAGGCGGACUUCUUGGACCUGCUGAGGUCCACCUUCCCUCAGCUGGCUGGAGACAACAAAGCUUUUGACAUCUUAACGUCAAACAAGAGACAGAGGUUAAAGCGUCUGAAUUUAAAGGCGGUAACGCCGGAGGAGAUCCACAGAAACAUCAGUUGUGCAGGAUGGGCGACAUCAACUCUCUUCAUCAGACUGAAGGCCCAAAAAGAAACUGAGGGCAGGGAGGAAGAGAUUCAUCCUCUGCAGACAAAAGACAGCAGCACUGAGGACACUUCAUCCACUGCUGCCAUGUUGACAUGUGAUGAAACUGGGCCACUAACAAGCCCAGUUCAGGAGGUCGAAGGUAGCAGCUGCUCAACAUCACAACAACAAGACGUGGUGAGAGAGGAAGCUGAUGAUGACGAUUGCUGGAUAACACAACCAGCUGAGGACUCUGUGGCCCGCUCCACAACUGAAACUAAAGGAGACACUAGUGAAGGUGAUGAAAAGGAAGAAGAAAGAGAAGAGGUGAAUGACAGCGAUGACGAAUGGAAACCAGACAAGUGUGACGAGGAGCUGAGGGAAAGUGACUCUGAGCUGCAGUUGAAGACGACCAAGAAACAAAAAGCCAGACGUUCUGGUGUCAAGAUCCCUGAGACAAAGACUGAAAACAGUGAUGCUGUUUACUCUUGCAAAGUCUGCAGAGCUCUGCACGAAUCAGAAGUCACCUUUGUGAAACACGCCUGGAGUCACGCGGAUGAUCCAGGAAGUCUUUGUGGAGUCUGUGGGGAGCGUCCAGAGUCUGUGGAGGCGUUGAAGUAUCAUCUUCAAAGUCACCACAAAACUGACGACUGUCACAUAUGUGGAGAGUCUUUCCUCGGCGUGCUAAGCCUCAAUGAGCAUGUGGCUGCCCACUCCGGGGAGAGACCAUACAAAUGCCAUGUUUGCCAUGCUGCAUUUGCAUUAAUGGCGUCCCUGGAGAUUCAUCAGAAACUCCACGAGGAGGGUAAGCCUCACAAAUGCUACACCUGCCACAAAGUGUUUGAGCUGAAGGAACAGUUAAAAGUUCACCGCAGGAUUCACACCAGCAAGAAGACGCACCUCUGUGGCGUGUGUGGGAAAUCCCUCAGUGACCACAGAUCUUUAUCCCGCCACAAGAUGAUCCACUCUGGAGAAAGACCUCACAGCUGUCAGGUUUGCGGGAGGAGUUUCAAACUUCCUGGCACACUCAGACAACAUGAGAAGAUUCACACAGACAGGGAGAGGUCGUACCUCUGCGACGUCUGCUGCAAAAUGUUCCUGACGAGCAAGCAGCUGCAGAUUCACAUGAGAACGCACACCAACGAGAAGCCGUACCACUGCGGCGAGUGCGGCAAGGGAUUCUCCACCAAGGGACCCUUGACCAUUCACAUGCGGGUCCACACCGGAGAGACACCGUACCGCUGCCCCGACUGUGGCUGGUCCUUCAAACGCAAGAUCAAUCUGGACAACCACGUGACGGUCCAUUCAGGCGCGAAACCGUUUAUCUGCGGGAUCUGUGGGAAGGCGUGCGCUCGCAAGACAUACCUGACUGUUCACAUGAGGACACACAAUGGAGAGAGACCAUACAAAUGUACACGGUGUGACAAAGCAUUUACUCAAAGCCAUUGUCUGAAAACACACAUGAAGAGCCACCAGCUGGCAGAAGCUGCAACGUAGCUCAAAUUCAUCCCUUUAACUUUCUCUUCUUUGAACAAAACUGUGAGAAUUUGAAUUUGGUGGAACCGAUGGCUCUAAUAAAAUCUUGUUUUGUCAGACUA